UUUGACAAAGGAGGAAAUUUGAGAAUGUCACUGUCUUCUUCUUGGUUUAUUCUUCUUCAUCAUUUAAUUCAAUUUGCAUUCACUAUGUUGUUGUUCAGUUCAGGAGCUGACUUACUGAUUUCAGCAUGGAGAACCAGAAACUAUAUCUUCGUAAACGGGAAAACCCAUUCUUUGAUGGUAUUGGAAGAAGCAAUUCGGGCUUCACGGAUCAAGGUGCUAUGUUUGACUUCCAGGGAAGUGUUAGCAACCGGAGUUCGGUAGACGUCUCAGAAUCCAAACUGUCAUUCGGAGAUCUCUCUGAUGAAUUAUCAGAGAAACCUACUAAGAAUUUGGCUUCAAAGAUUCAUGAGUCGGGGAGAAAAUCAGGGAUGAUUUCGGCACCAUCAUUUUCAUCUUUCAAUAUUCCAUCAAUGUCUCAAAUGGAUUUGGAUGAUGAAAAUAAUGUAUUGAGAGAGUCUAUUUUGAGGCCUAACAAAACAGACAAGGAGUCUUUUGGCAUACCUACUGCAGUGAAGCCAAAAGUUCAAAGAACGUAUUCGAUGAAUAAGAUAAAGUCGGAUAUUUCAAGAAUUCCACUCCCUCCUUCAGCAGCAUCAUUCUACAGUGGCAAUGUGCCUCCUCGAGUUGAGAUUGUUGAAUCAUGUGAAAGCAUUGGAAGGCUAAAUCAGUACUUGAAAGACCAAAGAGAUUUUAUCAGUGUUGGUGUUCCUGGGAGGUUCUUACAUGUUGUAAUGGGGCAAGAGACUACUGAUGUUGGAUCCGUUGCUUCAACCAUCUUGUAUGCCUUUUACUUAAGUGAAACACUGAAGAGUAGCCAGCUUUGCACUGUGCCCAUCAUCAACAUGAAGCGGGGAGAUCUAAACACUCAUGCGGAACUCACAUGGUUGCUUGAAUUGUGUCAUAUUGACCUGUCAUCCCUGAUUUUCAUUGAUGAGAUUGAUCUCUCUUAUUACUACUUAUAUGGGAGUCUUAAACUAGUCCUACUGAACAACCACAAAGUACCAACCAAGAAUGAGUCUUUGAAGCAUGCCGUGGUUGAAAGCUUCAAUUGUGUAAAGGAAGAUUCUACUUCUGUGUGGGUUGAAACAGUUACUAGUGGCCAGGACUGCUCAUGUUGUACACUUGUUGCUGAAAAGUUCUCUCUUGCUUCACCUGAGUUGUUGGCUGGACAAGGCUUCAGUCGGCUUUUGUUAGCAGGUAUACUUAUAGAUACAGGGAAUCUGAAAAGCUCUUGGUGCACCUCCAAAGAUAAAUACAUGGCCACAUUGCUGAUUAAUGGUGCUGGUCGAUUUGGAAUUAAUGGAUUUUACCAGAUAUUAAAGUAUAAAAUGUAUGAUAUAUCUGAGCUUAAGAUAGGGGAUAUCUUGCGUAAGGAUUUCAAGAAGUGGACAACCAAAGUAGGAAAGCCUGAGAAUCCUGCUUCCAGAUUGAUGCUUCCAUUGAUUGGGAUGAGUUCUAUCGGCAUUUCUGUUGGGCAACUUCUCUCUCAUACGGAUUCUGCUGCACAAGACAUCAUUCUUUUCCAGCAGUCAGAGAAACUGCGGCUGCUUAUGAUUGUUUCUGGUUAUUAUGAUGCCCAGAAGAACUUCAAGAGGGAGAUCCUUGUCUCGGCUGAAUCUUCAGAGCUAAUGAGGAAUCUACUACAUUUUCUCAACGCCAAUGCUUCUCAAUUGUCGCUAAAAGAUCUUCACAAACCAGGUCUUAGGGGUGAGCUGAAAGCGUUUGAGAUUGAUAAGAAGAUAACAUCAAGGAAAACCAUAGAGCGUCUUUUGGAAGAAUUUGGUGGAUCAUCUAGACAGUGAUACAUACAUAUACUAAUAGUAGAACAUAAAUAAUGUACAUUUUCUGGUUGUAAUUUCAGCAAGAAGAGAGCUUUUGAUGAAUAAAUCACUCAUUUAAACCAACAUUCCUGGAAGCUGAUAUUUCUGGUGUUUUUCAUAGUGGAUUUGCUGGUAGUACUGCUCAUAA